UUGAUCAUGAGCGAAUAUGAGUGUUAUUAGCCAGCUUUUCCAAUACCGGAUAAUACGAUGUGGUGGAGCCGUUGAUGAUGAUAUGGCAAACAUCAUUGUUGCUCAAUUGCUUUAUCUUGAUGCUGUUGAUCCCACUAAGGAUAUAGUCAUGUAUGUGAACUCUCCAGGUGGAUCAGUUACAGCUGGAAUGGCUAUCUUUGAUACCAUGAGGCACAUAAGGCCUGAUGUUUCAACCGUAUGCGUUGGGCUUGCAGCUAGUAUGGGAGCUUUUCUACUAAGUGGUGGUACUAAAGGAAAAAGAUAUAGUCUUCCUAACUCAAGGAUAAUGAUCCAUCAGCCCCUUGGUGGAGCACAGGGUGGGCAGACUGAUAUUGAUAUUCAGGCAAAUGAAAUGUUGCAUCACAAAGCAAAUUUGAAUGGAUAUUUGGCGUACCACACUGGUCAAAGCCUAGAGAAGAUCAACCAAGACACAGAUCGCGAUUUCUUCAUGAGUGCUAAAGAAGCCAAAGAGUACGGUCUCAUAGAUGGUGUUAUCUUGAACCCACUCAAAGCCCUCCAGCCGCUUGCAGCUGUAGCAGAAUAACUGUAAGGUUUAGUUCAAGCUCCCACCUCUUUUUUGGUUGAUGAUUGAUUUCAUAACCAAAAACAUGGGUUUUUGUUGAUUUCAACUAUACAGCUAGAAUAUUUAGAACCAACAAGAUACUUUGUAUUGUUCCCAACCGGACGCAUCCAUGUACGAUCAUUAUUUAGCUAUAUUUGAUGAACUUAUCAUUGUCCUAAGUAGCAGUCGAUACGUGGCACGUUGGGUUCAUUUGUCCUUGUGUACUACUCUCUUCAUAUUUGGAAAUAAAAAUGUCUCCUAAUUAGUGUCA